AUGACAGUCCAAGAGGUCAUCUGGCCAAACGAUGCCGGCUUCGACACCAGUUACGAAGAACUCGAACCAGUAGAGCUUGCAGUAAAAGGAGAAAUACCAUCGUUCGCGGCUGGUGUUUUAUAUCGAACUGGACCUCAGGGCUAUAAAGCAACAACUGACGAUGGCAAAAUUUGGGCAGCCAAGCAUUGGUUUGAUGGCUUCUCUUGCGUCCAUCGUUUCCAAAUCGACUUCCCUGAACCUAAUGGCCCCGCAAAAGUCCAGUACCGAUCAAGGCGCAAUUGUGAUAAGUACCUCGAGAUGGUCAGAAAGACUGGAAGAGUCGACGGCUUCACAUUUGCCUCGAAGCGCGACCCAUGCGAAAGCUUUUUCAAGAAGGUCAUGGGCAUGUUCGUCAAAUCACCCAGUACACAGAAUGUUGGCGUUACGCUAUCGAUCAACAUGCCUGGAGGAUACACUGCGAGUUCCGAGAAGUCUGGGGUCAAUGGACAUACAAACUCACUCCAAGCAUUGCAUGCCAAAACGGAUUCGUCUGUGUUCAAAAAGAUUGAUCCGGAGACACUCGAGCCACAGGGCAUAGCAAGUCAGCAGUCGCUUCAUCCGCAGCUGAAUGGGGAAUACUCAGCUGCGCACGCCAAGUCCGACCCGGUUACUGGAGACAUCUUCAACUUCAACUUAAAGCUAGGAAGACCUUCGAUUUACCGUGUCUUUGGCACCUCCGCAUCAACUGGCGAAACGACUGUCCUGGCUACCUUCGAAGGCACAGCAGCGUACAUUCACUCUUUGUUCCUCACCGAGAACUACGUCGUACUAUGUGUCUGGAACAGCCAUGUGGCCUGGUAUGGCAUCCCCCUCCUAUACCACAAGAACGUCGUCGAUGCCACCGCGCCGUUCGAUCCCAACUCUAAAGCAAGCUGGUACGUGGUCGAUCGCAAACACGGCAAAGGGCUUGUCGCAACCUACGAGAGCGACCCGUUCUUCUGCUUCCACUCCGUCAACGCAUGGGAAGAGCCCAACAGCACCGACCCGAGCAAAACCGACAUCAUCACUGAACUCAGCAUGUUCGAGAACACAGAUGUCAUCGAGCGAUUCUACUACGACAACCUCGUCUCAUCCAUCGCAAAUCCCGAAUAUGCGGGCAAUAAGCGCCUUUCCUGCUUGCCCAUGCAAGCGCAAUUCCGUCUCGCGAGUAUCGAAUCAGGCGCGAGCGCCAGCACGCCCAUGCCCGCAGAGCUCCUCUUCCAAGCCGACAAGAUGAUCUCCAUGGAACUUCCCACCAUCAACCCACGCUACCUGACCCGUCGCCAUCGCUUCUCAUACGGCUGUGUAGACCGCUUGAAGUCAUCCUUCAUGGACGGAAUAGUCAAGUUCGACAACACUACGCAAAAGUCUAUCUUCUGGGAGGAGGAAGGACAUACACCCGGUGAGGCGAUAUUCAUCGCUGAUCCAAAUGGUACGGCUGAAGAUGACGGCGUGCUGUUGACGGUCGUGCUGGAUGGACAUAUUGAUAAGAGCUAUCUGCUUGUGUUGAAUGCGAAGGACUUGAAGGAAUUGGGCCGCGCGGAGAUGCUUGGACCGAUGGCUUUUGGCUUUCAUGGUGCGUACAAGGGCGCGGAGAGGAGAUAUGAUGGAGACAUCUAG